CUACCAGCUAAACACACAGCAUAUUAUCCGAUAGAAUUCUACCGGUAUGAAAGAUGCUGUCGCACUUUGUCUCGGCUGCAAUCGGUUGGAGACGAUGCAGUGAUCGUUCCGUCCAAUGAAUCCAGACCAAAUGUCUCGAGUCAUCACCAGAUAUUAAUGUUCUACAGGUACGCGUUUUGCUUUGUCGUUUUGUUCAAUCUCAGCAGUAGGCCAAAAGACCUCGUUGUUCAAUAUUGGUCGGGCAGGCAACGAAAGCUCAAUCAGUAUAUAGUACAUGCAGUGUAUGUGGUGUCGACAGAAUAUGUUUAUGAGGAUGAUCCCUUGGGGCGUUUGUGGCUGGAGAAGAUAUUAUACGAAUGUACCAACUCCCAGAUCGUAUAUGGUAGACUCUCAUAUACAUCUCCAGGGGGGGCCUCUUGUACGGUUUGCCAGGCAGAUCGAACUUCGACCCGAAUGUGCUAUUUUCCGACGCUUUGGGAGUCUGAAUGCGUUGAACUUGCUAUAUCUACAAGCCGAGCUAGUUUUACUUGAAGAAUCCCUCCAUGAACAGCAAAAGACGGACAGUGAGAGCACCCAUCCACGGAGAAUCAAGUAUGCUCGCAACUGGUACCAGCUCGAACAUUCAGAAGAACACGGGGAUAAAAGACAGCUCGAGCUUGUACAUAAGAUACGGGACACCUUGAAACAAUACAAUGACGCUCUCAUUCAGCAAGCUCAUAUUCUAGGUUAUCCUAAGCCCAGUCAUAUUGAUCUCGAAUACCUACAAAGCUUCCUCCACGAGAACUUGAAGCUUACGCUUUGCGGACCGGAUGCAACGAUAUGGGGAUCAUCACUGGGUAAAACAAACUAUAGUCCUGACCUCAUCACACUUUGUCCCAGGCGCAAGGAAGACCCGUUUUCCAACUUUGCGGCGGACAAAACGAUCCACUUUCUGUUCAAAUGCGGCCUCCAUAGAUUCAUGAAACCGUCGCCAAUACACGGUGUUGUUGGAUACGAGGAUACAUUGAUAUUCAAGAUUACUUAUUGGAUUACGAGUAUAGUGGCAUCCAUGAUCCCUAUAUUGUCCAUCGUGGUCUUGUAUACAGUGCAUUCGCUAAAGGCUCGGUUGGGGAUCAUAGCGGGUUUCAACGUUCUGCUUUCGAUUUGCCUCAUUGGAUUCACGAAUGCCAAACGAUCCGAGAUCUUUGCAGUUACAGCGGCAUUCGCUGCUGUUCAGGUGGUAUUUGUUGGUGCAGACAAGAAUUGAUACAGAUACAAAUACGAGGUGGUGGUGAAGUAUUCUUGCCCACUGUCAUUACGUUAGGAUCAGACCAAGCACGAGGUGUUAUGAAGCCGAGUGGUAGGGCUGCGAAGCGGCCUUUUACCGAAUUGAUUUAUAGGUGCAAGUACUCUCAGCAAAGUAUGAUGAUUGGAGUUCAUGUGAAUUACAGUGAUGUUACCAUUGUUUGAAGCGGCUUUUGACAAGUGGGAAAAGACGCUUUGUAUCAUCCAGACCGCUUCUUCGGCUGAAGCGCAAUAUCGAAGGGAGUGUCAACAUUAACCAAUAUUCUUCCCAGCAAGGUGUCGACUCGUUCGUGUGCUUUUCACUUCAUUAUUAUACACAUUUUUUGAGUUGCAUUUUCUUUUUUCCCAUCAAUUGUUACAUAAAUACAUAUACAUAUAUAUACAUCCCAGGGCCAGCUGCGAGGGCAAGGUCAUAGUCCACAAUCUGUGUAGUUCACGAUCCAUUCCCAACCCUUCCUAUCAGUUGUUACAUAUAUAUAUAUACAUAUCCUAGUAAGUGAAUCGUUGAACCAUAUUGAUCGCCGACUACACCUUGCCCUCACAGGGACCAGCUGCGAGGACGAGGUGAUAGUCCACAAUCCGUGUAGUUCACGCUCCCUUCCCAACCCUACGCCUUUCAUCGCCCUCGACCUUCGGCACCCCAGUGUUCCCCUUGAUCCACCUCGCCCCACCGCCCGCGACCUUCGAUAGCCUGUUCUGUUAGU